AUGCAGGCUCUGAUUCACUUUUGUUCUAUUUAUCGUGCAGCUCAUUUAAUCCCUGUCUAUGGUACACAUUUUUUUGUUUCUUGGGACCUUAAGUUUCAUUAUUCCUAUGAUUCUUUCUGGUUUUACUAUGUAAACAAAUAUGCUGACCAUCAUGCAUUCGAGAUUGCUUUUUAG